AUGAUCGGAGCAAAAGAGAUCUUACCCAUCGGAGGCUUCGACGUUCUCGGGAGUUCAAUUUUGACAAAAGAAACUUGUUCAGAGACCUCAUUCACAAUCCCGAAGAAUUAUUUGCAAAAAUGGGAGCUAGAAGAAACGAAUACAUGUGAUGAUUCAUGCACUGCUGUGGUGAAAAAUAAUGCUUCGAUCCCGUAUCCAUCAGAAGGAGUCUGUUUUGGGCUUUAUUUUUUCACAUAA